AUGGCUGAAAUGGCAAUAACUAACCAACAACAAGCCCAACUGCCAUCCGCUCAUGACGGUCGACUGCCUUCGAAAGAACAGCAAGAAUACACUAAUUUGAUCAAUUCACUUCCGACGCGAUGGGAAAUUGAACUUGAAUUUGUUCAAUCGUUAAGCAACAUCCCUUACUUGAGCUACCUUGCUCAAAACAAUUACCUCCAAGAUCCGUGUUUUGUUAAUUACUUAAAAUACUUGCAGUACUGGAAAGACCCCCAGUAUCUGCGAUACUUGGUUUACCCUAAUUGUUUACACAUCUUGUCAUUGUUACAACUGGAACAAUUUAGACGAGAUAUAGCCAAUCCUGAAAUCAUGAAUGUGUUGAUGAAUGAUAUGGUGAAACGAUGGCAAGAGAAUGGAGAUGGUGGUGAAGUGGGUGAAGAGCAAGAGAAGGAGAAGAGCGCUGCUAAUAGCGGGAAUGACGUCGAGGGUGCUAUUGUAAAUAAACAACUGAAUGAAGUGAAUGAGGCUGGGGGAAACAGCAAGCGAAAUGCGUCCGAGGGAACUGUUGAGACUAUUCAAGAGGAGAAAGAGGAUACGGAGCAAAAUGGUGAUGCAGAUGUGAAAGAUGGAGACGGAGAUAUCAAGAUCAACGAUUAG